UGGGAAGGAGUGAGAGGAGGCAGAAAUUGAAUGAGAGGGACAGAGCUUGGCGCUCUUGGAGGAGAGAGAAAAGUCUCUCCAUCUUGUGCAAGUACAGACAACCGGACCGCAGUUUUUGCAGCUCUCUCAUUGCAUAUGGCUUCUGGGGUCGUUCAAUCGUCAUCUUUUGCUUGAUUGAUAAAGCACUUGAUCGGAGGUAGGCUAACUGUCUGUAGACAUGAAGCGAGUGAAGAGGAGUCCUGUGUGCGCAAUAUUGCCGCUGGCUCUGUUUAUUCUGUGCACCACAACGACGCGAGCAGGCAAUGUGAUAGAUGUGUUACGGGUGCUGGAGCUGUCUGAAGACAUGGAGGGUGUGUCAAUAGAGGCCGGCCUGUGUACUCAGAGAAAUGACACAGGAGAGACAGACAUGGCUUACAGGAUAGCCAAAAAGAUUCAGCUGAGUGCUCCAACCAAACAGCUCUUUCCAGACUCUGAGUUCCCUGAGAACUUCUCUCUGAUGACCACAGUGAAGGCUAAGAAGAACUCGCAGUUCUUUCUGCUGUCUGUGUAUGAUGAGCAGGGAGUUCAGCAGCUGGGACUGGAGAUGGGCAGGUCACCUGUGUUCCUCUAUGAAGAUCACAAAGGCCAACCAUCUCCAGACCUCUACCCCAUUUUUAAGAAGAUUAACCUGGCUGAUGGAAAAUGGCAUCGGAUAGCCUACAGCGUGGAGGACAAGUCUGUUACACUGUAUCUGGACUGUAAGAAGGUUCAGACCCUGGAGCUGAUGCGAGGAGAUGGGCCUGUGGUCAGCACGGAAGGAGUCGUUGUGUUUGGGACUCGAUUACUAGAUGAGGACGUUUUUGAGGGUGAGAUCCAGCAGCUCCUGUUUGUGGAUGAUCCUCAGACUGCAGCUGACUACUGCCAACACUACAUUCCUGAUUGUGACAGUCCAUUACCUUACAGAACCCAGAGCCUGGAGCUGGAGGAGGCCAAACCAAUCCAUAACCUCGAUGACGUCAUGCAGGGCGAUGAACCUGAGGAACCAAAGAAACGCUCAAAAAAAAAGGGAAAGGGCAAGAAGAACAAAAAAAAGAGGGACAGAUCUUCUAAGAAGGGCAAAAAAGAAUCCAACAAGAAGAAAGAGGAGACAGAAGCUCUCGAAGAAGGUUUCCUUGAGGUGUCUUCCAGGGUGCCAGAGUAUUUGGCCCAGGAAUCUAAGCAUGUCACAGCUGCAUCAGAGAAACCCACAUCACCUCCAACAGAGCAUCCCAAAACACCAGCAAUAACCGUUGAUCAGAUGGCCUCCUUACCCGACAUGCCCACACACGAACCCGAUACAUUUGUGGAGGAACACACCAAACAGACCACUACAGUGCCCGAGUUGAACCUUGAAGAGCAUUCGGUAUCACCUCCUGCACUUCCCAAAGAUGAGUCCCCAAAGAUGGAGGACGAGAGGCCAAUUAAAACUCCGGUGGUUGAGGAGUUUAGUGAUGACCUUUACAGCGAUCAGCGUGAUGAACUUUUGGUCUCCACGGUAACGGUCGGCCACAAUAUAACAGAUUAUGAGAUCAUGGAGUACGAUGACUUUAAAAACAAUUCGGACAGCGAGCAGGUGUAUGAGGAGUAUGAGGUUUACGAGGACCGUUUUGACCCGGCAGAGAGGGAGAAAGCAGUUACAUGGGAUGGACAGGGCAGAGGAUUUGAGAGGGGACAGAAGGGAGAGCCAGCUGUUGUUGAACCAGGCAAAUUCUUCGAGGGACCUCCCGGACCACCAGGACCAACAGGCCUUCCUGGCAUUCUCGGCAUCACGGGCCCUCCAGGACCCAGUGGAGACCCAGGUGAUAGGGGUCCUGAGGGACGUCCAGGCCUGCCCGGUGCUGAUGGGAUCCCGGGUCCUCCCGGCACUUUGUUGAUGUUACCCUUUCAGUUUGGUGGAGACUCUCAGAAAGGACCCGUGGUAUCCGCUCAGGAGGCGCAGGCUCAAGCCAUCUUGCAACAGACCAAACUCUCACUGAAGGGCCCUUCAGGUCCAUUAGGUCUCACAGGGAGGCCGGGUCCAGUGGGUCUUCCAGGUCCCAGCGGGCUGAAAGGGGACAGUGGAGAAAGCGGGCCUUCGGGUCCACUUGGAUUACCGGGCUCUCCGGGUCUCAAUGGAAGACCAGGAAAGAGUGGCCUGUCAGGGUCCGAUGGAGGUCGAGGGUCUCCUGGAGAGGCUGGAGCAAAGGGUGACAGGGGCUUUGAUGGACUAUCUGGUCUUCCCGGGAACAAAGGACACAGAGGAGACCGAGGAAAACCUGGACCCCACGGUCCACCCGGAGAGUCCGGUCAAAAGGGCUCGGACGGACCCGUCGGACCGAGAGGACAACCGGGAGAACCUGGGCCAAGAGGUCUUGUGGGGCCGAGAGGACCACCGGGACCACAUGGGCAGCAGGGAAUACAAGGUGUGGAUGGUGUUCAAGGGGCAAAGGGCAACCUGGGACCACUAGGUGAACCUGGACCUCUGGGUCAACAGGGCAACCCUGGCGUACAGGGCUUCCCUGGUCCGCAGGGUCCUAUAGGCAUGCCAGGAGAGAAGGGUCCUCAGGGAAAACCUGGAAUGCAGGGGCUUUCUGGCAUCGAUGGUCCUCCGGGUCAUCCAGGAAGAGAGGGACCCCCUGGGGAGAAAGGACACCAGGGUUUAUCGGGAGCGCAGGGGCCGAUUGGAUAUCCUGGACCUCGUGGAGUCAAGGGUGCAGACGGAGUGAGAGGACUGAAGGGUAGCAAGGGAGAGAAGGGUGAAGACGGUUUCCCAGGGGCCAAGGGUGACAUGGGCAUCAAAGGAGACAGAGGCGAUAACGGGGCUUCUGGAAACCGUGGUGAAGAUGGGCCGGAGGGGCUGAAGGGUCAUUCGGGACCACUGGGAGAGCUCGGAGCCCCUGGCAUUGCCGGAGAAAAGGGAAAACUUGGCGUUCCAGGAUUGCCUGGAUAUCCAGGCAGGCAGGGUUCUAAGGGAUCGGUGGGCUUUCCCGGAACAGCUGGCCUGCCAGGAGAGAAAGGAAAGAGGGGUCCUGCCGGACAGUCUGGUCCAGAUGGUGAAAGAGGUCCAAACGGCUCACGUGGAGGAAGAGGAGCCAGAGGACCAACUGGAAAGCCUGGGGUCAAGGGCUCUUCUGCUCAUGACGGCCCACAGGGUCCCACGGGAGACAGAGGCCCUCAAGGGCCACAGGGACGAGAAGGAGAGGCCGGGCCAAGAGGACCAACUGGCCCACCAGGAAAGGAUGGGUUACCAGGUCAUCCAGGUCAGCGCGGCGAGCCGGGGUUUCAAGGAAUGACAGGUCCUCCUGGCCCUGCUGGUGUGAUUGGACCACAGGGAAAAACUGGAGAGACCGGUCCGAUAGGCGAGAGAGGACACCCAGGUGCCCCAGGACCCCCUGGAGAGCAGGGUCUGCCCGGAGUUGCUGGCAAAGAGGGCGCCAAGGGAGAUCCGGGCCCUGCAGGGGUGCCAGGCAAGAGCGGUCCUGCCGGGCGGCGUGGAUUCAGAGGAGAAAGAGGCUUACCUGGCACUAUGGGUGCUGCCGGUCUGAAGGGUGGAGAGGGCCCUGCUGGCGUUGCAGGACCAAUUGGUGCCACAGGAGAGCGAGGCCCUGCAGGCCCAGCAGGUGCCAUUGGUCAGCCUGGUCGUCAGGGAGGUGUCGGCCCUGCUGGGCCAAUGGGAGAGAAGGGCGAGCCGGGUGAGAAAGGUCCUGUUGGCCCCGCCGGGCGAGAUGGAGAGCAGGGACCCGUGGGAUUACCUGGUCCUGCUGGGCCAGCUGGGCCUCCUGGAGAGGAUGGCGAUAAGGGCGAGACAGGAGGGCCGGGACAGAAAGGCAGCAAGGGAGACAAGGGAGAGGCGGGACCCCCAGGGCCAACCGGGAUCCAAGGACCCGCUGGACCGCCAGGAUUAACGGGUCAGGAUGGAGAGCCAGGACCACGGGGACAGCAAGGAAUGUUUGGCCCAAAAGGAGAUGAAGGACCACAGGGGUUUAAGGGGGCUGAUGGACCAACGGGGUUGCAGGGAUUGCCGGGACCUCCUGGAGAGAAGGGAGAGAGCGGCCAUGUUGGAUCUUUGGGCCCUCCAGGACAGCACGGUCCGCGUGGCCCGCCGGGACCCAUCGGGGGUGAGGGUCCUCAGGGCAUGCCGGGCGGAGCGGGCCAACCAGGAAUGGUGGGAGAAAAGGGUGAAGACGGAGAGGCGGGGAGCCCAGGAAAUCCGGGUGAAACUGGCCCCCCUGGAGAGAAAGGUGAGGCGGGGGAGAAGGGGGAUACUGGUCCCCCUGGUGCUGCGGGAUCACCUGGGGUCCGAGGUAUCCCCGGAGCGGAUGGACCCAAAGGAAACCUGGGUCCUAUUGGAUUUCCCGGAGACCAAGGACCCUCUGGAGAGCCAGGUGCUAAUGGUAUUGACGGCGGACCAGGAGCCAAAGGGGAUCAUGGAGAUCCUGGUAAAGCUGGACCCCCGGGAGCCUCGGGAGAGCCUGGCCCUCCAGGACCACCUGGACGGAGAGGGCAUGCAGGUGUGGGGGGGAAAGAAGGAAAGCAGGGGAAGAAGGGGGCAAAGGGUUCUUCUGGUUCUGAGGGUCCAAUUGGGAAGACAGGGCCUGUGGGACCUCAGGGACAUCCUGGAAAUCCAGGUCCAGAGGGACUGUCGGGCAUUCCAGGCCCUGCUGGGGAGCAAGGGUUAAAUGGACCCCCGGGGCAAACGGGACCUCCCGGUCCUAUGGGGCCAGGUGGAUUACCCGGACUGAAAGGAGAUCCUGGCCUGAAAGGAGAUAAGGGUCAUGGUGGACUGAUCGGACUAAUUGGACCUCCAGGAGAGAUGGGAGAGAAGGGCGAUCGUGGCUUGCCAGGACUUCAGGGAGUUCAGGGUCCCAAAGGAGAUGGCGGUGUUUCUGGUACCUACGGUCCUACCGGUCCACCUGGACCCCCUGGAUUAGCUGGUUCCAUUGGCGAGAAAGGAUCUAAAGGAGAUGAGGGAGCCAUCGGCCCGAGAGGAGAUACAGGUUCUGCCGGACCUCCCGGACCACCUGGCCUGCCAGCCACCAUGAUCGAGCCAUUGCCAAUCAGAGAGGGACAUAAAAAGCGAAGGAGACACUCAAACAAACAGGCCGCCAGAGCCAUAGCAGAGCAGGAGGAGGAGGAAGCAGUUCGACUCAACAUGGAGGACUUUCUACAGGCGGAUGAACCUCUGGAUGAUCCCGAGGGCAUGGAGGAGGUGUUUGCUUCACUCAACUCCAUGAAAACAGAAGUGGAGCUCAUGAGAAAACCGCUCGGCACUUUCGAGGGUCCUGCCCGCACCUGCAAGGAGCUGAUGUUGUGUCAUCCAGAAUAUAAAGAUGGUGAAUAUUGGAUUGACCCAAACCAAGGCUGCCACCGAGACGCCAUCAGGGUGUUUUGCAACUUCACUUCAGAGGGAGAGACCUGCCUGCACCCUGACAAACGAUUUGAAAUGGUGAAGUUGGCCGCUUGGAACAAAGAAAAACCGGGCAGUUGGUACAGCCAGUAUAGAAAGGGCAAGCAGUUCUCCUACAUGGACGUCGAUGGAAACCCAGUGCCUGUGGUCCAGCUGACCUUCCUGAAGCUUCUGAGCGCCACAGCCAGGCAGACCUUCACCUACACCUGCCAGAACUCCAUCGGCUGGUACGAUCUGACGAGCCACGGCCACCAGCAUGCCGUACGGUUCCGAAGCAGCAACGACGAGGAGAUGACGCAAGCCAAAUCCCCCUUCAUCACAUCACUGUAUGAUGGUUGUCAGACACGCAAGGGUCAAGAAAGGACAGUGCUGCUGAUCGACUCGCCGCGAUCAGAGCUGCUUCCCAUCAUAGAUGUAGCCGUGUCAGACUUUGGGAAUAACAACCAGAAGUUUGGAUUCCAUGUCGGACCAGUCUGUUUUACUGGAUAACACCAUACACCUCAUCACUUCAGGACUUACCAACCUAAGAACCAAGAGCAAUAUUUAUUACGUAAUAUGUUAAGCGGUGGGUUUGUGACUUUCAAACAACUGAUGGACUAUAAAACCCACAUGGCUACUCAAAAGUGCCAACCACUUAGCACAUUUCUCAAAGGGAAGUCUUUCAUCUUUUUUCUUUUAUGAUUCUUUUAUGAUGACUUUAUACUCCGCUUACCUGUGGAUUCAAAUGAGGCGUGAAUCCACUACAGUUCAAAGAAGUGCUUCAAGCCGAACCUGACGUCGAAAAACAAACUUGUUUCGGCGCUUGCCUUUUAUCUACGCUACAGACCUUUUUUAGCCCAAAGCACAGUUGUUGGAUUCGCCGCCUGUCACGCAUAUCUUGUUUAUUUGAUAGCGCUGAUUUUAAAUUCAUUUGCCACUUGAGGGAUUCGGCUUCACCGCUGAAGAGUAAAUAUUUCGAAACCCUGUUUUCCAGCCUCGAUUGAAACGAGAUGCCAGCCGAGGCGAAGUUAUACCUCUUUACCAGUUUUGACAAGAAAAUACCACCCCGAUCCAUUUGCGAUUCUCCCCACGAAUAUUCCGCGUCGCAUCAAACUCGCAGUGUUACUCAUCUUUAAUCAGCGUACGCUCAUACAUAAACAAUGUUAAAUAAGGCCGCAGCUUUUCAAAACGCAAAAUGCUUCGUGUGCAUGACUCAAAUGGAGCCCAGCUGCUUAUUAAUAUGUAAAGUAGUCCGCUCACUUAUAAGCUGCUUGUCUUGUUAGCGGGCGCCUAGUAUGUUUGCCUGUCAGUGAUCCAUGUUUCCAUGGUGCUAGUGUACAGCUGAGUUACUUUAUACGUGUGUGGUGAUGAAUGAGAAUUACAUUGUUGGAUGUGAGCGAGGGAUGUCAGACUGAAGAGCCUACCCCCAAAAAACAGCUUUGCUGGUCCUAGAUGCCACCCACCCGCCACGUGAUGGUUUGAGGGCGCUGGUCAAGUCAACCUAAAAUAGCAAAUCAGCUUUUUCAGCAGGGGACUUACUAAAUUACGCUUCUUGUUUAAUAUGAAUUCACAAUCAGUUUGAGAUCCUGGUUGUCAACCUCGGACUGUUUUUAAUGCGGUUUUGCUAUGUACAUGUGUUGAUACGUUGUCUUGUUUGUUGUGUUCAGAAUGUGUUAUACUGUGGUGCUAAAGAGGUUUUUUGUGUUGGUGUGUGUAGUGUCAAUUUGUUUUCUCAUGGGGCAGGUCAAGGGAGGACACCUGUGGUGCUUAACAGUAAAACAAACCUACGUAUAUAGAAAAAUACUAUCGGAAGAAAAAAAUAUGGUGUGUAUCUAGUGGUAACCGAUAUUUUUCAAUGACCAAAUACAGAAGCACAGUUUACAUACUUUUUAAGGCAACAAAACAUGUUUAUUAUCUGAGGAAGACAAAAAAUCGAUUUUUGAAUUCUAAAUCGUCAUCAUACUGUAUUCUAUACCAAAUUUGUUACUAGGCAAAGCCGAUAUAUCGGUAUAUUACUAGUCUUAUCGGUACAUUUUAUACGGUCCUCCCAGCCUGACCUCUGAGCUCUCUUGUGUAUAGAGUCUGUGCUACUCAUUUUUACAUAGUGUACAGUUAUUCUAAUGUAUGGAUGAGAACAAUAAUCUGUCGCCUGACGGUUGUAUUUGUGAAUUAAAAGAAUUUAAAGGAGACCUUUUCAUUGUCCUCUGAGUGCAAGCAAUUUCUGAGGAAGGAACAGAGGAACGGUGAUGUCUUGUCUAAAAGCAACAGACAAGCUUGUCACUUCAUUAGCCACAGCUCCAGUCUCUCGCUCUCUCUGCGCUUGUAAUCAACAACGCUUCCUACCUCGCAGAUGUAAUCAACUCUGAUUCCCUCCCCAGUUCAUUUAUUUCAAUUAACUUUUGUUUCCGUCCCCAGGAGAAGGAACCGAGCGCAGAAGAGGAAGCAGACAGCCCAUUGCGCGUACGUGUGCGUAAAUAAUGAAAUGACUCUGGAUUAGAAAGUGAGCCAAGGAGAAUUAACCACAUCUGCGGAGGGCCACAGUGAAAUAAGGGAGGGAAUUGGCAAACCCGCUCACCUCCCCUUCGUUCGUCCCUGUCUGCGGCUUGUUUUGCUAAUGCGCUGUUCUUUUCUCCUCUCAACCUCUGCAAUUAUUUAUGAGCUCGCAAACGAUGGAAACCAGGAAGAGAUACCGGCUCGCCUCUUGAAAGUGAAUAAAUUGCCUUCGCGCUGUUGGCACAACAAGCGCGUCUAGAUUCACCUUAUUAUCGCAUUUGAACUACAACAGAUAUUCAGAAGUGAAAUGCAAUCUCUCACCUGUGAUUGCACAUAACAGAUGUGGGAUGUUUUGCCUCUCUUAAAAAAUUGAUGUCUUGCUCAAUUGUGGUGCUUCAAAUUUAAUCUGCGCAAGUAUGCGAACCUUCGAAGCGUUUUAAGAGAAUUUUUCUG